CUCUCCCCUUGGGGGUUGGUCUGCCCUCCUCCUCUGGAAGGACGUGGCUGUUGGAUGAAGACGUUGUGCGGACAGUAAUGACCGCACGUUUCCGAUUGCCUGCUGGCAGAACCUACAAUGUACGAGCAUCUGAGCUGGCACGAGAUAGACAGCAUACAGAGGUGGUCUGCAAUAUUCUUCUCCUGGAUAACACUGUACAAGCAUUCAGAGUUAAUAAAAAUGAUCAGGGGCGAAUCCUGUUGGAUGUAGUUUUCAAGCAUCUUGAUCUGACCGAGAGAGACUAUUUUGGUUUACAGUUGGCUGAUGAUUCUACUGACAACCCGAGGUGGCUGGAUCCAAAUAAGCCUAUCAGGAAACAGUUGAAGAGAGGAUCUCCUCACAGUUUAAACUUCAGAGUCAAGUUUUUUGUAAGCGAUUCUAAUAAGCUGCAAGAAGAAUACACACGGUACCAAUAUUUUUUGCAAAUUAAGCAAGACAUUCUUUCUGGAAGAUUGCCUUGCCCUUACAAUACUGCUGCACUUUUGGCUUCCUAUGCUGUUCAGUCUGAGCUGGGAGAUUACAACCUUUCAGAGAACUUCCCAGGCUACCUCUCAGACUACUCAUUCAUCCCUGGCCAGCCACAAGACUUUGAAAAAGAAGUUGCCAAACUACAUCAACAGCAUAUAGGUUUGUCUCCUGCUGAGGCAGAAUUUAGUUAUCUCAACACAGCCAGAACCUUAGAACUCUAUGGUGUUGAAUUGCACUAUGCAAGGGAUCAAAGUAACAAUGAAAUUUUGAUUGGAGUAAUGUCGGGAGGCAUACUAAUAUAUAAGAACAGGGUACGAAUUAACACCUUUCUAUGGUUGAAGAUUGUAAAAAUUUCUUUUAAAUGCAAGCAGUUUUUUAUUCAACUUAGAAAAGAAUUGCACGAAUCUAGAGAAACAUUACUGGGAUUCAAUAUGGUGAAUUAUCGAGCAUGUAAGAAUUUAUGGAAAGCUUGUGUGGAACAUCACACCUUCUUCCGGUUAGACAGACCACUGCCACCUCAGAAGAACUUUUUUGCACAUUAUUUUACUUUGGGUUCAAAGUACCGGUACUGUGGAAGAACAGAGGUUCAGUCUGUACAGUAUGGGAAAGAAAAGGCAAAUAAGGACAGGGUGUUUGCCAGGUCCCCUAGUAAACCUCUGGCUCGUAAAUUGAUAAGUGGGAUGGACUGGGAGGUUGUCAGCAGGAAUUCAUUAUCUGAUGACAGGUUAGAAACUCAAAGCUUACCAUCACGCUCCCCACCUGGAACCCCUAAUCAUCGCAACUGUGCAUUUACUCAGGAGGGAAAUCGGUUACGGCCAUCUUCAGUGGGACAUCUGGUGGACCAUGUAGUCCAUACGUCUCCAAGUGAGGUUUUUGCAAAUCACCGAUCUCCUUCUUCCACACAGGCGAACAGCAUCAUUCUGGAAUCUUCACCAUCUCAAGAAACUCCCAUAGAUGGGCAGCCUCCUGCACUGCCACCCAAACAGUCUAAAAAGAACAGUUGGAACCAAAUUCAUUAUUCACAUUCGCAGCAAGAAUUGGAUAAUCAUAUAAACGAAACAUAUGAUGAUUCAUCAUCUCCAGAAAAACCUACACCCAAUGGCGGAAUUCCUCAUGAUAAUCUUGUUCUGAUCAGAAUGAGACCUGAUGAAAAUGGAAGAUUUGGUUUCAAUGUAAAGGGUGGAUAUGACCAGAAGAUGCCUGUCAUAGUGUCGAGAGUAGCUCCAGGAACACCAGCUGACAUUUGUGUUCCUCGUUUGAAUGAAGGAGACCAGGUAGUACUGAUCAAUGGCAGGGAUAUAUCAGAACAUACCCAUGAUCAAGUUGUCAUGUUUAUUAAAGCUAGCUGUGAGAGGCACUCAGGGGAACUUGUGCUUCUAGUUCGACCUAAUGCUGUUUAUGAUGUAGUAGAAGAGAAACUGGAGAGUGAACCUGACUUCCAGUAUAUCCCUGAGAAGUCCCCACUAGAUGGCAUCCACCAAGAUGACAAUGCUCUGAGAGAAUCGAUGUUUCAGCUGGCUGAAGGGCUUAUCACUGGAACUGUCCUGGCUCAGUUUGAUCAACUUUAUAGGAAGAAGCCUGGGAUGACAAUGUCUUGUGCCAAAUUACCUCAAAACAUUUCCAAAAAUAGAUACAGAGACAUUUCGCCUUAUGAUGCUACACGGGUCAUUUUAAAGAGUAAUGAUGAUUACAUCAAUGCAAACUAUAUAAAUAUGGAAAUCCCUUCUUCCAGUAUAAUAAACAAGUACAUUGCUUGCCAGGGUCCUUUACCCAACACUUGUCCUGAUUUUUGGCAGAUGACAUGGGAGCAAGGCUCUUCUAUGGUUGUAAUGUUAACCACUCAAGUGGAACGGGGCAGAGUAAAAUGUCAUCAGUACUGGCCAGAGCCUGGUGGAAGUUCUGCAUAUGGGAAUUUCCAGAUCACCUGCCAUUCAGAAGAAGGAAAUCCCGCUUAUGUCUUCAGAGAGAUGACAUUAUCUAACUUGGAGAAAAAUGAACACCGUCAGCUCACUCAAAUCCAGUACAUAGCAUGGCCUGAUCAUGGGGUUCCUGAUGAUUCCAGUGAUUUCCUGGAUUUUGUGAGUCUCGUACGGAAAAGAAGAACUGGCCGAGAAGAACCUGUUGUUGUCCAUUGCAGUGCCGGCAUUGGACGAACAGGAGUUCUUAUCACUAUGGAAACAGCCAUGUGUCUCAUAGAGUGUAAUCAGCCUGUUUAUCCUUUAGAUAUUGUGAGAACCAUGAGAGAUCAAAGAGCCAUGAUGAUCCAAACUCCCAGUCAAUACAGAUUCGUUUGUGAGGCUAUUUUGAAAGUGUAUGAAGAAGGACUUGUUAGACCUUUAAUGACAUCACUGAAUAAAUAGAAAGUAAAAGACACUUUAUGGAAAAACUGGCACAAGAUACUGGCUGCACUUGUUGUGCCAUAACUUUGCUUGCAAGAAAUGGUGUCUGAAAACAAUGAAGAACUGAAAAGAACUUGGAAAAACUUCAGCACUGCUGCACUUUAUGUUGAAACUGAAAAUAGUCUCUAAAAACACUGUUUUUUCUGUGUUGGAAGACUCUCUUCAUGCUUUGCUCUGAACAAACCACAAACUGAACGAACUCCCUGUAUUCAAGAUGACUUUUCCAGACUUGGGUGUAGUGCCAUAUAGUUCCUUUUUGUUUGAACUAUUGCAAGAAAAGAA